CACAUGCAAGGCUGUAAUUUAGUCAACAGUGAGCACAGAUCUUUAGUGUUACGGCUAAAGAUUUCCACCAGCCAGCAAUGUCCAAACUCAAAAACAUAAUUUGGCCUGAAGUCAUAUUGUUUGGCGAUUCAAUCACACAGUUUUCAUUCCAACCCAACGGAUGGGGUUCCGACUUAGCAAACAAACUAGCCAGAAAAUGUGACGUUGUGAACCGAGGGUUGUCAGGCUACAACACCAGGUGGGCUAAGAUAGUCCUGCCUCGCCUCAUCUCACAAGAAAGCGAUUUGAACAACCAUGUAGCUGCUGUCACCGUCUUUUUUGGAGCCAACGACUGUGCUUUGGAAGAUACAAACCCACAACAGCACAUCCCACUGCCGGAGUACUGUGAGAACCUGAAGGACAUAGUCAAACACCUGGGCUCGGUGGGCGUGCUUGCAGAUAAGGUCAUAUUCAUCACACCCCCACCUCUCAACGAGACAGCCUGGGAGAAAGAGUGCAUCUUAAAAGGUAGUGUCCUGAACCGCCUGAACGCCGUGACCGGCCAGUAUGCCCAGGUCUGUGUCCAGGCUGCAGGUCAGUGUGGGGUGGAUGUGCUCGACCUUUGGACUCUGAUGCAGAAAGACGGGCAGGACUACACAGGCUACCUCUCUGAUGGGCUCCAUCUCUCUGAGAGCGGGAACCAGUUUGUGGCUCAGCACCUGUGGAACCUCCUGGGGAGCAAAGUGGAGAAGCUGCCCUUCAUCCUGCCGUACUGGGGGGACGUGGACCCCAAACACCCAGAGACCACUCUGUCUGGCUGAAAGACCCCAGGACCCUAAACACCCAGAGACCACUGUCUGGCUGAAAGCCCACAGGACCCUGAACACCCAGAGACCACUGUCUGGCUGAAAGCCCACAGGACCCUGAACACCCAGAGACCACUGUCUGGCUGAAAGCCCCCAGGACCCUAAACACCCAGAGACCACUCUGUCUGGCUGAAAGCCCCCAGGACCCUAAACACCCAGAGACCACCCUGUCUGGCUGAAAGCCCCCAGGACCCUAAACCCUUGGGUGGUAGGGGCAUUUCCGCAUUCUGUAUAAAGCAGAAUUAAAUUAAAAUGUUUUGAUUUCCUGAAA